AUGUUCCCGGCCAACCCAGAUCAUCCACGCGAUGAGAUCAACACAGCCUGGGCCUGGGGACAUGGCGAUCCGGAAACAGAACAACUCUCAGGAUACGGCGAAACGAUUCGCCAUCUCCUGACCGUCCUUGAACGAUAUGGUCCCUUUAUUGGAAUCAAAGGUUUCUCAACUGGCGCUGCUCUCGCCGCUGUUCUUAGUUCCAUGCUGGAAAAGAGGGAGACUUAUUGUGAGGUUCCAUUUCAGGUACGCCAAAUGCACUGGUUUUUGUUAAGAAUUUUCUCACUAUUAGCAGAUAACAAUCCUCCGUUCGGGUUUGCCGUGUGUUUUAGUGGUUUUCGAUUCGAACAUGAGGUUUAUGACCCGAUUUACAGUCAGAGGAUUGAGACACCUAUUCUUCAUGUUGUGAGUAAUUUGGAUACGAUGAUUGAGCCGGCUAUGACGAAGCGGUUGGCUGGUUCUUGUGGUAGUGCGUCGAUUUAUCAAUUUUCUGGAGGCCAUCAUAUUCCUCGCUCUGCUGACUCUGUGCGAACUUUGAGGGAGUUUGUGAAGCAGGCUUUGAGUGGUAGGAUAGGUGAUUCUGGCUCUGGGUCAGAGGAUGAGAUUUAUAAGACUAUCGAGUACUGUCUUUCCUUUGCCUUUCGAUCGUGGACAGCUGAUAUACUUUCCAAGGUUAUUUUAUAG